UACUCCACGUCUCCACCCACCAAACUUGAAAUCUUCUCGGCUGUAUAUAAUUGACCUCCAUGGCAGAUGCUUAGGCAGAGCUUCUCAACCACCGGUUACUGUUACAAUGGCUCUCGCUCUACUCCCCGUCUCAAUCCUCCUCAUCUUCCUCGCCUACAAGCUUUAUUUCAAGCUGCGCUUCAAGCUUCCGCCGGGGCCGCGCCCGCUGCCCAUCGUCGGCAACCUGUAUGACAUAAAGCCGGUGAGGUUCCGCCACUUCUACGAGUGGGCGCAGGAGUUCGGCCCCAUAUUCUCGGUCUACUUCGGCUCGCAGCUCAAUGUGGUGGUCACCACGGCGGAGCUGGCCAAGGAGGUGCUCAAGGACAAUGAUCAGAGCUUGGCUGACCGGUUCCGGACCCGAUCCGCUUCGAAUCUGAGCCGGAACGGGAUGGAUUUGAUUUGGGCCGAUUACGGGCCUCACUAUGUCAAGGUCAGGAAGCUCUGCAACCUCGAGCUCUUCACUCCUAAGAGGCUCGAGUCUCUCAGGCCUAUUAGAGAGGAUGAAGUCACCUCCAUGGUUGAGUGCAUCUUCAGAGACUCUACUAAGCCUGGUAAUAGUGGUAAAAGCUUGUUGAUGCGGGAUUACUUGGGUGCUGUUGCAUUCAACAACAUAACGAGGUUGACAUUUGGGAAGAGGUUUAUGAAUUCGGAGGGUGAGAUUGAUGAACAAGGGCAAGAAUUCAAGGGCAUUGUUCACAAUGGGAUCAAGAUUGGUGCAAAGCUUCCCAUGGGAGAAUAUGUCCCGUGGCUUCGUUGGGCAUUUAAGUUAGACAAUGAGGCUUUGGAGAACCAAAAUUCACGCAGGGACCGGCUGACUAGGAAGAUCAUGGAGGAGCACACCCUUGCACGCAAGAUGUCAGGUGAUACAAAGCAGCAUUUUGUUGACGCUUUGCUCACUCUUCAAAAGCAGUAUGACCUCACAGAUGACACUGUUAUGGGCCUUCUCUGGGACAUGAUUACAGCCGGAAUGGACACCACCACCAUAUCAGCAGAAUGGGCAAUGGCAGAGCUGGUUAAGAACCCAAGGGUGCAAGAAAAGGCUCAAGAAGAGCUGGACCGAGUUAUUGGAACCGAUAGGAUCAUGACAGAGGCCGAUUUCUCCAAACUCCCUUACCUCCAGUGUGUAGCCAAGGAGGCACUCAGGCUGCACCCUCCAACUCCCCUGAUGCUCCCCCACAAGGCCAGCGCCAACGUCAAGAUUGGCGGCUACGACAUCCCCAAGGGCUCCAUCGUGCACGUGAACGUUUGGGCUGUUGCUCGCGACCCUGCUGUGUGGAAGGACCCUCUGGAGUUCCGACCCGAGAGGUUCCUGGAGGAGGACGUGGACAUGAAGGGGCACGAUUACCGUCUCCUGCCGUUUGGCGCUGGAAGGCGCAUAUGCCCCGGGGCACAACUCGCCAUCAACUUGGUGACCUCAAUGCUGGGACAUCUGCUGCACCAUUUCACAUGGUCACCACCUGCAGGAGUGAGGGCCGAGGAUAUCGACAUGACAGAGAGCCCUGGAAUGGUGACAUACAUGAAGAAUCCAUUGCAAGCUGUUGCUACUCCCAGAUUACCUGCAGCAGACUUGUACAAACGUAUUCCCUAUGUAAUGUGAUUUAUUUUCCUUUUUUUUUUUUUUGGUCUGAAUUAGAUAUGGGUUUGAAUGCUUUUGGACCACCGAAGUUAUUGUAAUGCAUUUUGAUUAUUACUUUUAUGUUGGUUGGAAAAGCUCCACGAAUAGGAAGAACUAGUUGGUGUGUUAGGUGAGGCCAACUAGACUACAUUAAUUGUUCUUGUAUGCUAUAUCCACUUGGUAAAAAAAGGCAUAUAUUGAUAUAUACCAACAUGUUACUUUAC